GCCUGGCUGCACGCUUACUCGUCGUCGUCGCUGUCCGAGUCGUCGUCGUCGCUGGCUGCGACGCUCUCGAGCCCGUUUUCCCGCCGCCCACCCCGCCGUCGACGGCGCUGGUCUCCUUGUCUUCAUUGCAGAUGUUCUGACCGCCGGCGACACGCCGUGAUCAUCAUCACCCUUGCCUUCUGGCGCCGCGUUCCUCGCUGCCAUCCUUGUUUUCCUCCAUGUCCCGCCCUACGUCCCCCGCUGUCCCCCGACCGCUCGUUCUCUCCACCCUCGAUGAACUGCCAAGUCCCCCUCGCUCCCGGACCUCCUCGCUACCCGCCACAGCCGACCCCUUUACUGCCCACCCGACCGGCUCUGGCUCCUUCGUCACCUACGAGCCAAACCAUCCAGGCAUGGUAGGCUCCUCGUCGCCACCUCCUGCGUCUAUGCCGCUCGCACUGCUACCAAAGCGUGCUCGCGGGAGCCUGCUCAUGGCCGCAUCUGGCCUCGCAUUUGGCCGCACGAGGGGCAAGGGCAAGAAACCGUCGACGCCUGUCCAGCCGUCCUCAUUCGUCUUCUCCGAGGUCAUUGAGAUCUCUGCCCCCCGCAAGGACGAAGACGACGAAGAGCGCGACCGUCUGCGCGACGCGGCCGCACAGUCCAUCGGACUCGACCCUGUCCUGCUCUCAGAUGAGCGCUCCCUCUCCGAAUCGGAGGUUCUAGAGGACACGCGUGCAGGCUCCUCAACGCCCACACCCGCACCGUCUGCUGAGCUCCCUAGCUUUCCGUCGACAAGAUCGGCGCUUGCCCCAUUUGUGCAGCUUCAUGCGCGAAUCGCAAAGCACUACCCCUCGCCAUCACUUCUUAAGCUCGCACUCGCACGUCAAUGGAAGUAUCGCAUGCUCGUUCUCACCACAGCGGCACAGGGCUCUGCAUGUCUGCAUGUCUUCAAGACAGGGGUAACAGAAGACCGCGAGUUGGAGCGCCUCCCUGUGGGCGUAGAUACGGUCGUGUUCGUCGCGGACGAGGACGUCGGUGGGCGACGUGGCGUAGUACGCGUCGGCCGCCCCGACGGCGCCGGAAUCGAGAUGGCGCUGCAUAUAACGGAUCCAGCGCAGGCUCACGAGUGGAUCACCGCUAUCAAGCAGGCUGUCCUCAGCCAAAGGUCUGUGCGAGCGGGCCUUGGUCUAAUGUCACACAGCCCCGGAGGGGUCGAGCCACGCGGAGAUAUGGACGUGAUGUUAAGCAUGCGCGCGCAAGGCAUGCUCUCAUCCCCUACGUCGUCCACAUUCAGCCCCGAGAUCUCAAGCGCGCCCGUUACCCAGCGCUCCCCGAGCGCGGCAGGCACGCGCUCGCCCUCGGGCGCUGUGUCCGCACUGCGCGGACUAUUUUCGAGCCCCGGCAGCCGUCCGCGGUCACCGUCGACGGCGAGCACGGGGGUGGACAGCGAGGACUCCGAGAGCCAGCACGAGGACUCGUUCGGCCGCGCGGGAACGAGCCUGCUUGGUAUGUUCAGGUCGCAGAGCGUAGCGAGCGAGCGCCCGAUAUCGCCUGUGAACUCGAUGGGUGCGGGCGGGGUGUCUGCGUCAGUGCCCUCGACUCCGCGCCAGGUGGAUGCACAACUCGCACAGCCGCACGCACAUUUGGACCGCAAGAUCCUGCAAGACAAGGAUCUGGAUCUGAUCGAGUCUAAGCCGCACAGCGGUGGUUCGGACGUGAGCGCGCUGCUGCGCGGACGAUCCCCGCUUUCGAUGGCAACCCUCCGUGCUAUACCCGCCCCCGCAACGACGCCUCCGCCGCUUCAGCCGCCACCACGACGACGCGGGUACACUAUCGGUAGCACCCCUAUGGGCGCGCGACCUAGGCCCGAGACCGUAGCGGGGAACGCAUAUACGCAUGCGAACAGAAGCACGGCGGAGAGCUUCGGGCUGCGUGCGGCAGGCAUGGGCAUGCUAUUCGCUCCGCACCCGCCGCCUGCACCGAGCUUGCGUCCGGGCAGCUCCGGAGAGGGCAAACCACGGACGUCGCUUUCGUCGGUCUCCUCAUACGCGUCAUAUGCGUCCAACGAACGACGCGCAUCGUCGGAAGCGGGCCACUCGAAUGGGCAUGCAAACGGGAACGCCAACGGCUCGGUCAAUACGAAACGGUGGUCCCGGCAGAGCAUACUACCGCACCGACUCACGCCUCCAGAGGGUGCGCUACCUGCGCCGCCGGUGCCUGCCUCUACGCACGGUUCACCCAGGUCAAUAUCGUCUCUCCCUCGACAUCCGUACGCCGCUGAGGCUUCUCCACAAAGCGUCAGCAGCGAUAGCCCUCAGAGUUUCGUCUUCAACCUUCGCGAGACCUCACGGCGAGAUACGUCCCCGCUGAGCAGCGGUAGCCCGCAGAGCUUCGUGCUGAACUUGCGCGAAUUCUCGCGGCGCGCGUCGGGCUCGUCUGCGCGGAGUACCAGCAGUGUGAGCACGUCGCAUUCGCGUGGAACAACUAGUAACGGGAGCUUCCUUGGUCAUGGCCAGGGUCACCGCCCACACUCGUCGCACCGCGCAUCGAUGCCCCCGCCCCAGCGUCCCGCGCCGCUCACAGCACUACCGCCUACCCCCGCAACCGUCGAUCCGGAUUCGCCGCCGAAGUCGCCGAACUCCGCGUCAUCGUACAAGACGACGUUCCGCGAGUCGCUUGCCCUACGCCGCCUGUCUCUGUCGCCUCCCAGCGUGCCGCCCUCGUCGAGCUUGCCGCCGCGCCCUGACGAUCCACCACCCUACCGCAGUAACGGCCACCGUCGGACUUUGAGCAGUGGCGGUCCGCUCACACCCAUUCCUGCGUCUCCCGGAACAGGCGCGUCAGAUUCAGGGGUGGCUUCUCCGUUUCCUCCGCCGAGUUCUCCCCUUCCUCCAACGCCGGAGGCGCAUUCAACCUCUUUUGCCCCAGCACAGUCUACUACACCCACGCAGUCGCAGCCGAAUCCCCAACCACCGUCCCGUGCAGCCGCCUUCAAGCAGCGCAUACGCAUGCUCAGCACCCCCUCGCAGACCCUCUCGCUCCCCCUCAACAUCCCGCCGCUGUCGCCUACCCCGUCCACCGUCAGCCCGUACUCCGUACCCAACACACCCAUCGGCGAGCCGAUUGCGUCACCUCUUCUUCAAAAUGACCCCGACUUUGUCAACUCCGCAGCGAUGCCACCGACUCCCCAACCGCCUCCCCGGAGCGCCUUCUUGCCUCAUGUCUUCGCCAACGCGGUGGACGAGCACGAGCACGGCGUCACAUCGCUGUCGCCCCCUCCGCGGCGAGGCUCGCGUAGGAUAUCGCGGUAUCCGGAUGACGAGAGCGACGAUUCCUCGGAAAAGGGUAAACAGAGGCCCUCGACGGCCGACGCCGCGGGCGACGUUGGCCAUAGACAGGGUUCCCUUUCACUCUCAUCCCGAACGUCAGCCAUUUCUUUAAUCAACUUGCACUCUACGUAGAUAUCUAUCACGAUUACCCCCUUUUGUAUGAUCUUGGUCGGUUCAGUUCGUGCUCUUUGCAGUCAUUUGCUUGCUGUUUUUUCUUCUCUGGGAUCGCGGCACACAUGUAU